AUGGAUGAUGGGCAGCCGACACCAACGAGGAAGCCCGCCUUGGCCAACCCCGGUAGGUCCGGUGGCGCCCGGCGCGACCUGAAGAAAACCCACGCGGACUCGUGGCCGAGCAGUAGCAGUAUCACCAGCAAGCGCACCUCGUUGCCGGCCAGCCCGAAGAUCAUCAAAACCACCGAAGAUGACGUCGGCGACGUGUUCGACUACCGCAGCCCGACGCCCGUGACCACCCCGUCGACGGUGGAGCUCGACUACGUGGCCAUCAGUCCACGGUUUGAGCGCAAGCGGUUCGAGUUCUGCUAUCCCUCCGUCUCGAAGGAAGACUUCUCCAACAGCAUAUCAAUCGACACGCACGACAUCGAUCGGGCGAAGAAACGAAUUUAUCCCAGCAAAACGCCGGACAACUCGCUCGAGAAUGAAUCCAUACUGGAUGGCUCGAUGGCAAGCUGUAGCUCACCGGGCCACAGUAGCUCGGCCGUGACCCGGACCAAGUCUCCGUCGGUCUCACCGCGACACUCGCGCCGCCAGCUCAACAGCGAAACGAUCAACAUCAUCUCGAACCCCGGUUACCAGGUUCUGAGGAACUCCCACUCGACGCUCGAUCGGACCUGCUCGGACAGUGUGGUGUCGCUGGUGUGCCGCAAGUCCACCAGCGAUCUGACGCAGGCCAGCGAUGCCGCCAUGAUGAUCGGUGUCGGAGGCGGCGGCGGCGGUGGGGGUCGUCCGGGUCGGCGACGCAGCAGCCACAAGGGGGGCGGGCUCGCCUUCCUGGCCAGCCGGAAGGGUUCGCGGGACUCGAUCAAAAGUGCGUGCGGUUCCAACGCGUCCGUGUUCUCGAACGAAGACCUUGGCCCGCUGGCGUUCCAGGCGUCGGCUCGGGGGCGCCAGCGGCGAACGUCCAACUUCCUGGAGCUUCCGGUGCCGGACCACGCGCGGCCACGCGUUUGCUCGCUGCCGGAGCGACCGUACAAUCCGCGCCAGAGCGACGAUCUGUACCGGUUGCGGCACUUCUCGAUCAGCAAGGGCACGGUCGUGAACUGUGGCGACUCGAUCAUCUCGCGGCGGUCCAAGAGUAACACCAGCGUCAACUCGACCGCCAGCCGGGCCAGCGAAAGGUCGCCCUUUGAAGGAUCGUGCUGCGGUGGAGGGUACGCCACCGUCGACUCGCUUCCAUCGUCCCACGGCGAUGAGGACGACGAGAGUGAACCCAUCCCUACCAGGUACCGCGUGGUGAUGCUGGGUGACUCUGGCGUUGGCAAGACGGCACUGGUUUCACAGUUUAUGACGUCCGAGUACAUGCACACGUAUGAUGCUAGCCUUGAUGAUGAGUUCGGCGAGAAGACCGUCAGUGUGCUGCUGGACACCGAGGAGUCCGAGAUGAUAUUCAUCGAUCACCCGAACGUGGAAAUGAGUGUGGAAAACUCGUUGUCAACGUACGAACCGCACGCCUGCGUCGUCGUCUACUCGAUCGUCGAUCGGAACUCGUUCCGGGUGGCGGAGGAAAUACUCAACUACCUCUGGUCCGAGCACUACACGAAGGAAAAGGCGGUCAUCAUCGCGGCCAACAAGUCGGACCUGGCGCGAGCCCGAGUCAUCACCACGGCCGAGGGCAAACACUUGGCCACUUCGCGUGAGGCAAAGUUUAUCGAAACUUCGAGCGGAAUUCAGCACAACGUCGACGAGCUGCUAGUCGGGGUGCUCAAACAGAUACGCCUGAAGGAGCAGCGCGAGAAGCGGGCCAGUGCCACGAACCUGCGGAACUCGCGCACCCAAAUGUCGCUACACAUCGCCAAGGAGAUUCUGCACAAAAUCUGUCUCACCGACAUCACAAAGUCGAAGAGCUGCGAGAACCUGCACGUCCUCUAA